AUGCUUCUGUCAGAGAGCUCUCAAACGCUUGGUUGUCUUCGAUCGGCAACGAUGGUUUGGUGUUUGAUAACUUUUUUGGCCGCCCUCUUCCCCCUUCUCUGGCUAUGGAUAAACUACCAUUUCUCCUAUUGGCAGAGACGUGGAGUGCCUCACAAUGAGCCAAAAAUUCCCGCCGGAAAUAUGCACGAAUGGAUGCAUAGCAAACAUUUUGUCCAAAUCUUUCGUGAGACCUACGCGAAAUUCAAGGGAACCGGACCAUUUGCCGGCUUCUAUUUUCACAUGCAGAGGGCGGUGUUGGUAACAGACCCUGAGCUGGCGAAAAAUAUUUUGAUAAAAGAUUUCACAACUUUCGAUCGGCGGGGGCUAUUUCACAAUACCCGGGAUGAUCCGUUGACGGGUAAUCUGUUCUCCUUGGAUGGACCCAAAUGGAAGCGGCUAAGAACAAAGCUGUCGCCCACAUUUACCUCGGGAAAAAUGAAGAUUAUGUAUCCCACGGUGGUGAGGGUGGGAGAGGAGUUGCAAAAGGUAUUCCUGAAUGUGGUGGGUGAAAAUGAGAGCCGCCAAAUGGAGUUGACUGAAAUUCUGGGACGUUUCACGGCCGAUGUUAUUGGCGAGUGUGCCUUUGGCUUGGAGUGCAAUAGUCUGAAAGACCCCACGGCGGAAUUCUGUGAAAUGGGUAGGAAAUUCUUUACCCAAAGGCGACACAACCGCAUUGCGGAGGGUCUGAUACAUGCCUUCCCCGAAUUGGCCCAGAAAUUGAGAAUGCAAAUUAUACCCGAAGAAGUUCACAAUUUUUACAUGGGUAUUGUCCGGAAUACCAUUGAGUAUCGGGAGAGAGAACACGUCAAACGUUGCGAUUUUAUGGAUAUGCUGAUAGAAUUGAAAAAUCAAGUCCACGAAAAGGAGGGGGAGGAGCAGUUUACAAUUGAGGAAUUGGCAGCCCAGGCCUUUGUGUUUUUUGUGGCAGGUUUUGAUACCUCCUCCACUACGAUGAGUUAUGCCCUGUAUGAAUUGGCCCAGAACUUGGGAAUUCAAGAUAAAUUAAGGCAAGAAAUUUGUGAGGUUCUGGAAAAACAUCAACAGAACUUUAGCUAUGAAUGUAUGAAGGAUAUGGUGUAUCUGGAUCAGGUGAUAUCAGAGACCCUGCGCAAAUACCCCGUGGCUCCAGCCCUGUUUCGCAAAUCCACCGCCCGCUAUGAAACCUCAAAUCCCAGAUAUUAUAUCGAAAAAGGCACCAUGGUGAUUAUACCCUCCGAGAGCUAUCAUCAUGAUGCGGAAUAUUUUCCCCAACCUGAGAAAUUUGAUCCGGAACGUUUCAGUCCCAUGAAUGUUAAGAAUAUACGCUCCUGUACCUAUCUACCCUUUGGAGAUGGACCACGUAAUUGUAUUGGCAUGCGUUUUGGCCGAAUGCAAGCCAGCGUUGGUUUGGUUCAGCUGCUAAGGAUGUUCCGUUUUGAGUUGUGUGAUGCAACCAAAAUUCCUGUGGACUUUGUCAUACCAAGUUUCAAUCUAAAUCCUUUGGGGGUAUAACGCUGAAAAUAAGGCGUAUUUAAUGCAAGAAAUAUAAAGAAAAUGUUAAAUGUUAAAAUAUUGAU